CGAGCUGUCGUUGCGCGAACAUUCGGUAAAGUCCGCGACAAAGCCAGAUCCGUUCCUUCGGUGCUGAACUCGCCGAGAAAGAAUCUGAUCCAAAUCGUCGUCCACCGACGCACCGUUUCUUCGGUACGGGUCACACGGAAUCUUCCGUCGUUUAAAUAUUUGGACUAGUGCCUCUCUCGCUACUAUCUCGCUCCAGAGUUUAGACAAAACAACCUGUCAAAAUGCAUCGCGCAAGAACAGCUCUCCAUAUGGUGAACCCGAUGGGUCAGCAGAACUUCGGAUCGUUUCUGCUGAAAAAACCAGCAUCCAAGCUGACCACGGAACUGGUUGCGGCUUCGUCCGUGAAGCUGUACAACUCCGCCGCAGCUGAACCAUUCCUGAAUGGUUCCUCGUCAAACUAUAUCGACGAUAUGUAUAAUGCCUGGCUGCGGGAUCCGGCUUCCGUGCAUGCGUCCUGGGAUGCAUAUUUCCGCAACAAUUCCUACGCCGCACCACCGAGCUUAGCGCCGGUACCGAAGAAUCAUGUCCCCGCCGCACAGUACCUCGGCAGUUCGCUACCGGCCGUUGCAGGCGGUGGUGUCGCCGUCGGUGGACGAAUCGACGAUAAGCUGAUCGAUGAUCAUCUUGCCGUGCAAGCUAUCAUUCGUAGCUAUCAGUCCCGUGGUCACCUGGUUGCGGACAUUGAUCCGCUGGGCAUUCUGAAUGCCGAAAUCAACCCGGAGAGAGCGAAUCUGCGUGCGAAUGAAAAAGUUACCCGCAGUUAUAUGAACUUCGAGGAAGCCGACAUGGAACGUGUCUUCAAGCUGCCGAGCACGACAUUCAUCGGUGGCAAGGAAAAGUUUCUGCCCCUGCGGGAAAUUCUGGGCCGGCUGGAGAAGGCAUACUGCAACAAAAUCGGCGUAGAGUUCAUGUUCAUCAACUCGCUAGAACAAUGUAACUGGAUUCGCGAGCGAUUCGAAACGCCCAACAUCAUGACCUACACGAACGAGGAGAAACGUCUCAUUCUGGCCCGUCUGACGCGUGCGACCGGUUUCGAAGCGUUCUUGGCGAAGAAAUUCUCGUCGGAAAAGCGUUUCGGUCUGGAGGGUUGCGAAAUCAUGAUUCCCGCGAUGAAGGAGGUUAUCGAUGUGUCGACGCGGCUGGGCGUGGAGUCCAUCAUCAUGGGUAUGCCACAUCGUGGUCGGUUGAACGUGCUGGCCAACGUGUGCCGCAAGCCGCUGCACCAGAUCUUUACGCAGUUUGCUGGUUUGGAAGCUGCUGAUGAUGGCUCCGGCGAUGUGAAAUACCAUCUGGGUACGUACAUUGAGCGGUUGAACCGUGUGACGAACAAGAACAUUCGGUUGGCUGUCGUCGCCAAUCCGUCCCAUCUGGAGGCUGUCGAUCCGGUCGUCCAGGGUAAGACGCGUGCCGAACAGUUCUACCGUGGCGAUGGCGAGGGCAAGAAGGUGAUGUCGAUCCUGCUGCACGGAGAUGCGGCCUUCUGCGGUCAGGGUGUGGUGUUUGAGACGAUGCAUUUGUCCGAUCUGCCCGACUACACCACGCACGGCACGAUUCACAUCGUGGUGAACAAUCAGAUUGGCUUCACGACCGAUCCGCGUCACUCGCGUUCAUCCCCGUACUGUACGGAUGUGGCCCGUGUCGUCAAUGCACCAAUCUUCCACGUCAACGGUGACGAUCCGGAAGCGGUAAUGCAUGUAUGCAAGGUGGCUGCUGAGUGGCGUGCCACCUUCCACAAGGAUGUUAUCAUCGAUAUCGUGAGCUACCGCCGCAACGGACACAACGAAAUUGAUGAGCCAAUGUUCACGCAACCGCUGAUGUACAAGAAGAUCCGCGGUACGAAGCCUGCGCUUGACAUUUACGCUAAUCAGCUCAUCACGGAAGGUGUGGUGACGGCGGAGGAGGUCAAGAGCGUGAAGGACAAGUACGAGAAGAUCUGCGAGGAAGCGUUCGAGCAGGCGAAGACCGAAACGCACAUCAAGUACAAGGACUGGAUCGAUUCUCCGUGGUCCGGUUUCUUCGAGGGUAAGGACCCGCUGAAGGUUGCACCGACUGGUGUGAUCGAGGAAACGCUGGUACACAUCGGUAACCGAUUCUCGUCGCCACCACCGAACGCGGCAGAAUUCGUCAUCCAUAAGGGUUUGUUGCGUGUGCUGGCCGCACGUAAGGAAAUGUUGGAAAACAAAACCAUCGAUUGGGCGUUGGCGGAAGCGAUGGCGUUCGGUUCGCUGCUGAAGGAAGGCAUUCACGUCCGUCUGUCGGGACAGGACGUCGAGCGUGGCACUUUCUCGCAUCGUCAUCACGUGCUGCACCAUCAGACGGUUGAUAAGGCAACGUACAGGCCGCUGUGCCAUCUGUACCCGGACCAGGCCCCGUACACGGUCUGCAACAGCUCGCUGUCUGAGUUUGGUGUGCUCGGUUUUGAGCUCGGUUACUCGAUGACCAACCCGAAUGCGCUCGUUUGCUGGGAAGCGCAGUUCGGUGACUUCAACAACACCGCACAGUGCAUUAUUGAUCAGUUUGUGUCGUCGGGACAGGCGAAGUGGGUGCGCCAGAGUGGUUUGGUGAUGCUGCUACCGCACGGUAUGGAGGGUAUGGGACCGGAACAUUCGUCGGCCCGUGUCGAGCGAUUCCUUCAGAUGUGUUCGGACGAUCCCGAUUACUUCCCGCCGGAGUCGGAUGAGUUUGCCAUUCGGCAGCUGCACGACAUCAACUGGAUCGUGGCGAACUGUUCGACCCCGGGCAACUACUUCCACCUGCUGCGCCGUCAGAUUGCGUUGCCGUUCCGCAAGCCGUUGAUUGUGCUGACGCCUAAGUCGCUGCUGCGUCAUCCGGAGUGCAGAAGCAACUUCAGCGAGAUGACCGAUGGAACCCAAUUCCAGCGAUUGAUUCCCGAUGCAUUGACCGCCGAAAACCCGAACCAGGUGAAGCGUGUAAUCUUCUGCACCGGUCGUGUGUAUUACGAUUUGCUGAAGGCGCGUCGUGACCGCAAGUUGGACAGUAAUAUUGCGAUCAGCCGCAUCGAACAGGUUGGUGUUCCAUCAGUCGGUAUUGUUAAUAACAACAUUACAAUGAAAAUAUGCGCAUUUCAGAUUUCGCCCUUCCCGUACGAUCUGGUGAAGGCCGAGUGCGCCAAAUAUCCGAACGCUGAGCUGGUGUGGGCCCAGGAAGAACACAAGAACCAAGGCUGCUGGACGUACGUGCAGCCACGCUUCGACACCGCGAUCAACUCGACUCGUGAUUUCAGCGUGCAAGAAGAAAAGCUUGUGCAGCAGAAAACCGGCCAAGGAUUCAAUAUCCCGCAGGGUACAUUUAACUCUCCGACGAGCGGUUCCGCGGCCAGCAAGGGUCGCAAAGUGCGAAUCUCAUCGCGACCACUUAGCUAUGUUGGACGUCCAUGUGGUGCAUCUACCGCCACGGGCUCGAAGGCCCAACACAUGAAGGAAUUGAAAAAUCUUCUGGACGACGCGAUGGCCUUGUAAAAUGGUUUGUGAGAGGUGCUGCAAAACACAAGGGUCUUUUGUGUUGUGGGUUGGUAACUACUAGUCCCUCCUACGCAGCAUAUAGGCAACACCCUGAUGAAAGGAACCGGCAGACGAGCGCGUGGCGAUGAUCUUUUUUUGUUUUAAAUGAGGUUUCCUAUCCCUUUGCUCGACAAACGAUAACACACAAACGACACAGGGACCGAAUGGUACGAACAGCGGUUUUAUUUGUUAACCGCCGGACUAUAUUCUACGAUAUUACAAAGUGUAACAGGAUAUCCUUCAACAUCCUACGAGGACACGGGGCAGUAUGUACGGCAGCCCUCCGCGGCUGCCUACUGUUUGCUCGGUUAUUUAUGAAGUUUGGCGCUAGUUUUAGUAGUUCUAUUUAAUGCGAUAGGUGCGAAAACAAUGAUACAUUUAACCAUUAACACAGUUAUGAAGUGAAUAAAAUCAAACAGUUGCGAAAACGGUGUGAGAAUACACAAAACAUGCAAAACUAAAGCUUGUUUGUUAGCAUCAAUGUAGCAGCAAGUGCGGGUAUAUUCGUUUUGUUUCACCAACACACAGAUCCUAACCGGCGCUACUCCCUAAGUGUAAUAGUUUUCUAGAGGAAGCAAGUGGGAAAGAUGAAGCUCAUCUUUGCAAGGAUAAUAAUAGUUUACAUGCAAACAAUACAUCAAAAACGCAAGCACAUAUGCGGAACCUAUACAUACAUUUAUUUUAAUUAAUUAGUAAAUGUGAAAAAAGCAACAGGAAUAGAGAUAAUUCUGCGCGUUGCGGCAGAGUUGUUGGUGUGUGCGCUUGUUUUGCUCACAGCGCAAAUGAAGCCACGGCCUACACCGGCAUAUUUAUUUAUAUACAUUCAUACGUUUUUUUUCUUCUCUGCUUUCCUUUCACUGUAACGAUGAAUGAAUUUAAUGAUCUAGUAAAACAAGGCUCACUAGCACUAUUUUAUUCUGUUGUUGAUUGAUGUAGGAAUGAGCGGUGAGGUUGUUCUCGUCACGUGUAGAUUGUUGAAGGAUUCAGUGAAUUAAAAGUAAAAAAAAAACAGUCUGUUGCGCUCAAUAAAUGCACAGAUGGAGUAAAUGUGUUUUGUUUUGUUUUCUUUUUCUCAUCUCGAUUUAGUUUAAUGUUCAUUUAACCUUAGUUUUAUUUAUGUUUUGUCCGUAAUUGCUUCUUAUAGAAUGAUGCGUGCAAACAAAUAGCGAUUAUUGCUCCUAACCAUGCAGUAGUAUAAGGCGCCACUAACAUUUAGCUACAUACCUACAAGUGCUUUGCAUUAUAACGUUGGUACCAGCAACCAGAUGUAAUGUUACGGGGCGAUCCGUUACAGGGCGUAACCAGGGAUUAGAAUCUUCGUGAAUGGAAGUCGAUUUUCCUCUUUCGUUGCAAUACUAUUUAAAUGAAUUAUUCCCCAUGCUAAGGGCGAUGCGUUGCUGCACGUGCGCUGAUAGUUAAGAACGAAUUGUAUCAUGAUGAAAUCGAUUGGUGCUUUCAUUUUAAAGUGGAGAAAUUUGACAAACCAAAAUCGUUGAGCUACUACGUGAACUACUACUGUACUACGAUUGGGACACAAACGUUAUCAAUGUGCAAACUGAUACUAAAUGAUAGAAAAGUACAUACACAAAAGUAAAACGUUAAGCAAAUCUAGAGUUCUCUUACUCGCGAGGACCGUAGUUUGGUAGUGGUACCAUUUUAAGUCAUCCUUCUUCCUCUUGCUAUACUAACCAGUUUCGGCCGGCCUUUAUACCGGUGCGUGUUAAAAGUCGAACCUGUGUGCAAACUAAAUGGACAGUGCAGUAUUUAAAAACAACAGAGCAAGCUCUCGCUCUCUCUAUCUCUUACCUAUAGAAUAUUCACACGCACAAAGUGCUUUAAGUGGUUGUAAAUACACUUCUUGUUAGGGAAAAUUGGGAAAAGGAACACAACCACAGGAUAUGUGUGGAAUAACAACGGCACUGCUUAAAACUAGAACUGGGGAGAAACGCAGCUUAAUAAAGAGUUUCCAUGUAAAGGUUGGAUGAUAAUGUUGCGCAAUGUGUAAGGAUAUAUUUUGGAUGCACUUUUUAAGCACUACUUCACACACCCUAGCACUGAGUUCAACUGGCACAGAUUCAAAUGAAACAUGUCUAACUUAUGAAAUGAUACAACAAAUAUGACCCUUUAUGACGCACUGUUGGGGAAAGUGAUAAAAGGGACUAAAAUAAAGCAGAACAUACAUAAGAAAAUA